CGGGACUUGCCGCCGCACGCACGCGCGCUUCCGCCUCCUGCCGGAAGCGCUGGCGCCCCGACGGGACCCCAGGCGUGCGGGACUUGGCGGAGUUUGGCUGGCGGCGUGGCGGCCACCGUGGGCUCGGGGACAUGCUCACGCCGGCGUUCGAGCUCAGCCAGGACCCGGACUUCCUGACCGUCGCCAUCCGCGUGCCGUACGCGCGAGUCUCCGAGUUCGACGUGUACUUCGAGGGGUCGGAUUUCAAGUUCUACGCCAAGCCGUACUUUCUCAGGUUGACCCUUCCGGGAAGAAUUGUAGAGAAUGGAAGUGAGCAGGGCUCCUACGACGCAGAUAAAGGAAUUUUUACCAUUCGAUUGCCCAAAGAAACACCUGGCCAGCAUUUUGAGGGGCUGAAUAUGUUAACUGCUCUCCUGGCACCCAGAAAAUCCAGGACGGCAAAACCACUUGUGGAAGAAAUCGGUACUUCAGAAGUCUCUGAGGAAGUAGAAGAGGAUGAUGCUGAUGAUGAAGGGUUCGAUUGGGAAAUUGAACAGACUCCCUAUGAAGAAAUAUCAGAAAAUCCUUUGAAUCCACAGUGCCACUAUGGAUUUGGAAACUUAAGAGCUGGAGUGGUUCACCGGUUGCAGGAUGAAUUGAGUGAUGUGAUUGAUAUUAAGGAUCCAGAUUUUACUCCUGCAGCUGAACGAAGACAGAAGCGCCUGGCUGCUGAGCUGGCCAAGUUUGAUCCUGAUCAUUAUCUGGCUGACUAUUUUGAAGACGAGGAGAUUAAGCAGAUUUUGAAGUAUAAGCCUUGGUGGACUGAAGCAUAUUCAAAAAUGAUGGCCUCUUCGGGAACAAGCCAGGAUCAAGAACUGCAUGCCGCGUUAGUGUCUUUCUCUGAAGAAGAGAAGUACCAGCUACGUAAGUUUGUCAAUAAGUCUUACCUGCUGGAGAAGAGCGCCCAGCGCCAAGUGUACUAUAGUUUGGUCGACAUCCUCCUGGCGUACUGCUAUGAAACCCGUGUCACGGAAGGCGAGAGGAACGUUGAAUCGGCAUGGAAUAUCAGAAAACUGAGUCCAACGCUGUGCUGGUUUGAGACCUGGACUAACGUUCAUGAAGUCGUGGUGUCUUUUGGAAGAAGAGUUUUGUGCUACCCACUUUUUCGCCAUUUCAAGCUGGUGUUGAAGGCCUACAGUGACACCAUAAAGAUACUGCAGCUAGGUAAAAGUGCCAUUUUAAAGUGUCUUCUGGAUAUCCACAAAAUUUUUCGGGAAAAUGAUCCAGCUUACAUCCUAAAUGAUCUCUACAUCUCGGACUACUGUGUGUGGAUUCAGAAAGCUAAGUCUAAAAAGUUGGCAGCAGUUGCAGAAGCCUUGAAGAAAGUCUCCCUUACAAAGGCCCAGCUGGGCUUAGAACUGGAAGAGCUAGAAGCAGCAGCACUACUUGUCCAGAGGGAAGAAACGGCCUCAGAAGCAGUCCCUUCCGUUUCCGGGCAGCAGCCACAGCCUUGCAGCCCCGAGACGGACAAGUCAGAGUCAGAGUCAGGCAGCACUGCGUCAUCCGGGUCAGAAGACUCUGAUUCAGAUCGAGAGGAGCUCAGACAGCCCUCUGCGGCAGAAAACUCUUUGGAAGGCCCCUUUCUGCAAGAAAGCAGCUCGCUGCUCUUCGCCGGUCGUGGGCUCUGCGGAGACCCAGCCAUCCAGGACUCUGAGGUUAGCCAGCCGGAGCUGCCUGCCUCACCCUGGGCUCCUGCAGGGCGCAAACCUCUGAUAGAGGAGCUUGGGGAAUACCUGGAGACCACUGUGCAGGUGUCUGGGGCCGAGGGCGCCACAGCUGGAAACCAGGGCAGUGCACAGCAGCGUGAUGGGCAGCAGGUGCCAAGUGACUGAGAGCCUGUGGUUGCGUUUGCUAU